GCAGAGAUUUAGGUAGAUUGCGUCGGAUCGGUGCGAAAUCCUCCACCGCUGGUUCGAAUAACUUGCGAGCCGAUCACGAGCUGAACUUUUCGAGCUCGUCGCCAGAUCGAGCCGAAUACGAGCCGACCUUGAACACUAUCGAGCCGAACAUGAGCCGACCUUGAACACUAUCGAGCCGAUCUCCAGCUGGUCGUGUUUGGCUCGUUGACAGCCCUACUAGUACGAUGUGUGGUGGUUCUUCACGUGAAACAUCUGUUAUUGCUGUUGUGCUAGAAGCUGGUGAAGUGUAUAUUGUAGUUAGCUUGUCAAUACGUAAUGACACUCAGGUAAUCUAUGUUGACCCAACAACUGGCUUGUUGUGUUAUACUGGGAAGCACGGGCAUGAUCUAUUUAAAUCGGAAGAGGAGGCUUUAAAUUACAUUACUGAUGGAUCAAGGCUAUUAUGUAAGAGUACUACAUAUGCUAGAGCUAUUUUGGGUUACUCAGUGUUAGGAAGUUUUGGAUUGCUUUUAGUUGCUACAAGGCUUAGUGCUACGGUUCCAACUCUUCCUGGAGGAGGGUGCAUAUAUACAGUGACAGAGUCACAGUGGAUUAGGAUUCAGCUUCAGAAUCCUCAACCCCAAGGCAAAGGCGAACUUAAAAAUAUCCAAGAUUUGGCUGAGCUUGACAUCGAUGGAAAGCACUAUUUCUGUGAAACGAGGGAUAUUACCCGGCCAUUUCCAAGCUGUAUGACCUUACAAAAUCCAGAUGAUGAGUUUGUUUGGAAUGGAUGGAUUUUAAAGCCCUUCAAGGAUAUUGGCUUGGCACAACAUUGUGUCAUCCUUUUGCAGGGGUUUGCUGAGUGCCGAAAUUUCAUAGGCACUGGUCAGCAAGGUGGAACAGUUGCUCUUAUUGCACGCCGUAGUAGAUUGCAUCCUGGUACCCGUUAUUUGGCUCGCGGUCUGAAUGCAUGUUCUAGUACAGGAAAUGAGGUGGAGUGCGAGCAGCUUGUUUGGGUCACUCGAAGAGGUGGAGAAGCUGUCCCUUUUAGCUCAUAUAUCUGGCGGCGUGGAACUAUACCUAUUUGGUGGGGAGCAGAACUUAAACUUGCCAUAGAAGCUGAAAUUUACGUCUCGGCGCAGGAUCCUUAUAGAGGAAGUGCACAAUAUUAUCAAAGAUUAAGUAAGAGAUAUGGUACCCAGUCAUCUGAAUUAAAUGCAAGCAAGCAAAAGAAGACACCUAUCAUUUGUGUUAAUUUACUAAGAAAAGGCGAAGGAAAGCCAGAAAAGAUUCUGGUUGAUCAUUUUGAAGAAUCUCUAAAACAUGUGCGAUCUAGUGGACAGCUUCCUCAUACUUGGAUUCAAUUGAUAAAUUAUGACUGGCAUGCAACAGUGAAAUCAAAAGGCGAGCAAGAGACAAUUGAGGGACUAUGGAAGCAUCUUAAGGCACCCACGAUGGCCAUCGGUUUUUCUGACGGAAUUUAUUAUCCACGGCAGCAGCAGCUUAAGGAAUGCAGAGGUUUAAUAAUCCAGAAUGGCGAUGUUGUUGGUGGAUUUUGCUUGAGCUCACUUCAAAAUGGGGUUAUACGUUUCAAUUGUGCAGAUUCUCUAGAUCGAACAAAUGCUGCCAGCUAUUUUGGGGCUCUUCAAGUUUUUGUUGAACAAUGUAGACGAUUAGGCAUUUCCCUGGACAGAGAUGCCGUUUUUAGGUCAUCUUCGAUGAACAAAUACAUAGAAUUUGGUAAUUAUGGUGGAAGUGGUGGUCCUUUGCCUCCUGGGUGGGAGGAACGUUCUGAUCCUGUUUCAGGGAAGACUUUCUAUAUAGAUCAUAAUACACGGAAGACCACUUGGGAGCAUCCAUGUCAGGACAAGCCUUGGAAGAAAUUUGAUUUGACAUUUGAACAAUUCAAGAGCUCAACCAUGUUAGUUCCGGUAAAUCAACUGGCUGAUCUAUUCCUGCUAGCGGGUGACAUCCAUGCAACACUGUAUACUGGGUCGAAAGCAAUGCACAGUCAGAUCCUCAAUAUAUUUAAUGAAGACAGUGGUGGCAAAUUUAGCAAAUUUUCAGCUGCCCAGAAUGUUAAAAUUACUUUACAGAGAAGAUAUCAAAAUGUCCUCGUUGAUAGUUCUCGUCAAAAGCAGUUGGAGAUGUUUCUUGGGUUAAGGCUCUUCAAGCAUCUUCCCUCGAUUUCUCUUCAUCCUCUUGAAGUAUUAUCACGGCCAUCUGGGUUCUUGUUGAAACCUGUUCCAAGUGUCUUCCCCAAUGCUGACAGUGGUUCAAACCUUCUCAGUUACAAGAAGAAAGACCUGAUUUGGGUAUGUCCGCCUGCUGCAGAUGUUGUCGAACUAUUUAUUUUUCUUGCAGAGCCUUGCCAUGUCUGCCAGAUUCUUUUAACAGUCUCUCACGGUGCAGAGGAUUCAUCAUAUCCAGGAGCUGUAGAUGUUAGAGUUGGAUGCAGUUUAGAUGGGCUUAAAUUGGUUCUUGAGGGUGCAUGCAUCCCACAAUGCUCAAAUGGGACAAAUCUUUUGAUCCCUCUUAUGGGACGAAUUGAUCCAGAGGAUUUUGCAGUCACUGGUAAAAGUGCACGCCUACAUGGUCAAGAAAGCUCUUACCUUCCUUUGUUGUAUGACUUCGAAGAAGUGGAGGGUGAAUUGAACUUCUUGAACCGCAUUGUUGCACUUACUUUCUAUCCAUCUGUUCCUGGAAGAUUACCUGUUACACUUGGUGAGGUUGAAGUACUUGGGGUUUCUCUUCCAUGGACGGGUAUAUUUUCUAACAACAGUAUUGGUGCUGACUUCAUCAAGCUUCUUCAAGAAAACUCGGCGAAGAUUGCUAAACUUCAUCGCAGUUCAGAUGUAAAAGACUCCACAAAUCCUUUUAUUGAUAACCCCACUGCACAUGCGAGUAGUCAAUCAUUUGUCCAACCAAGUUUGGCGAACAAUGUUUUUGAUUUUCUCAGUGGAGAUUAUGCAAUACCAAAUCAGCUGGACAAUUCAAAUAUAAGCCGAAGUACUGAAUUGAGCAGCGGGGAGUUGUUUGAUUUCCUUGACAGUUCUGCUGCUGACAGCCACUUUUCUGCUUCAUCAGAGGUGCCCUCUGAAUUACAUAACGAAAGUGCUGAGGAGUCCAAUAGCAUUCAGCUUUACUUAAAUAUUUUCAGAUCCUUUCCAGAACCUAAUAAGGGGAGGCAACUUUCAUUUGAGCAAGCAAUGAAGCUUGAGAUUGAACGCCUUCGCUUAAAUCUUUCUUCUGCUGAAAAAGACAGGUUUGCUAUCUAUCAGUAUCGAUCCAGCCACGAUAAAUCCGAAUAUCUUAGUAGAUCAUUAUUGGGCCAUGCCGCUCUUGAAGAUCAGAUUAAUGCUUCCAUAGGGCUUGACAUAGUUGAUCAAAGUGUCGUGGACUUUUGGAAUAUCAAUGAAUUUGGUGAAACUUGUUCCGGCGGAAAGUGUGAAGUUCGUGCUGCCCUUAAAGAUGGAGUAGUAUGCAAAAAUUGUUGCAGCGAUGUUAUCCUGCAUGCAUUGUAUGUUGACUAUGUCAGGGUUCUGAGUAGCUUGCGGAGAAAAAAUAGGGCAGAUAGUGCAGCAUGCAAAGCUCUGAAUCAAGUUUUCGGACAUGAAUUUAGUAGAUUAUCUAGUUUGUUGCAAGGUAUUGCGAGUGGCAAGAUGCAAUUGAAAAAGCUACUAAAUGGAGCUGAGUCCCUUGCUGAAUUUCCGACUGCUGGUCUAUUAAAUACGGUGGAGACAGCCGCAGGUUCUGAACCAUUAUUUUCAUUAUUAUCUCCUCUUGGCUUUGGAGAACAACAUUCUUAUUGGAAAGCUCCAUCUAGUCUUUCCUCAGUUGAAUUUUCAGUUGUACUUAGUAGUCUAUCUGAUGUUUCUGGGGUUGCCAUAAUUGUCAGUUCAUGAGGUUAUACGAAGUUCGACUGCCCAAUUGUACAGAUAUGGGCAAGCAAUAAAAUACAUAGGGAGGAGCGUUCAUUCAUUGGUAAAUGGGAUGUAAAAGAGCUAAUAGCAUCCUCUCCACCUCUUUAUGGGCCAGAUAAUUCUAGUAGUAUGAAUGAUGUGCCAAGGAACAUUAAAUUCUUCUUUCCAAAUCCUAUACGUUGCCGCAUCAUUUGGAUGACAUUGACUAUUCCACAGCUUGGUUCUAGCUUAGCUAAGUUUGAUGAAGAAUUUAAUCUUCUAUCACUUGACGAAGACUCGUUUCCAGAAACUGCAUCUUCAAUGAAUGUGGUCGAGACACAGAAUUCUUCCAUCCAUGCGAAACGGAUUGUAGUUUUUGGCAAAUCUCUGAGAAGGGAUGCUGGCCAGGAUAUGUCAACACAAGGCCCUGAAAUGAUGAGAUUGAGAAGUUUCUUGGACAGACCACCACAAUUGAGUCGAUUUAGAAUUCCCAUCGAAGCUGAAAGGUUAACGAAUAACGAUCUCGUUCUCGAGCAGUAUCUAUCACCCACCGUGCCUGGAUUAGCAGGAUUCCGCAUUGAUGCUUUCAAUGUGAUAAAGCCGCGAGUUACCCAUUCACCUUCUUCUAAUGCGGAUUUGUGGGAGUCCUCAUUAACAUGUCUAGAGGAUAGAUUCAUAUUGCCGGCAGUUCUAUAUAUUCAAGUUUCUGCUGUUCAGGAACCGAGAAAUUUGGUACCAUUAGGUGAAUUUUGCCUCCCAGAAGUAAAAGGGGGCACACCUCCUUACUUUGACUUCACACGGCCAGUACAAGCCCGACUGAUGGUUUUUAGAUUGCUGGGCGAUGUUACGGCCUUUGCGGAUGAUAUUUCUGAGCUGGACGGCUCGACUCUAAGGAACCUUCCUGUCGCUGCGGGCUUGUCCUUGUCGAAUAGAAUAAAGUUGUAUUUUUAUGCAGAUCCUGCUGAGAUGGGUAGAAUCGCGAGUCUAUCUUUAGUUUGAUCGUAAGCAAGGAAUACGAUCAAGGAAUGAUGUGGUUCAUCACGUCUGUGCUGCGAAAUUUAUCUAUUUAUUCAUCUUCUUUUUCAUUUUGUGUGAGUAGGAUCGUAUGCAUACUAUUAAUUGGUGGGCGACAACAAACAAUUUUGCUGGCAAAUAUGACAUGGGCGACAAUACAAAAAAAUUAGAGUUUCCACAUGAUUUUACAUACACGGUGGGUCUGUCCCUCUUUUGUUGUAACUAAUGAAUAAUCAAGAGUUCUUCCCAGAAUGUUUAUAUUUCACCUUGCUGGAAGGUUUCUGCUACGUGAACAUUUUGAAUCUAAUAUAGUUGGUUGGAUUACCAUUUAAAGGGUAAGAGUAUGGUCCUCAAGACUUUUUGAUCGAACACUGUAAAUUGGAUGAAAAGUUCAGUUAUACGUUUGAUUUUGAUGAUGUUA